UAAAUGGAACAAUAGUUCAGUUAAACAGCGAGAUCCAUUGGAUAAAUUGUUUAAAUACUUCAUUUAACUCACUUCAUAUGUUGCAAAUUCAAGAAGUAACCAAGGCAAAAAGAAAGAAGUAAUAAAUACAUGUUUGUGAAAUGUCUGCAUGACUUUAUCCUGGAUUUGAUUUGAUGGAUGGAUUGUGUUGUAAAUAGAAGAUGAAGAAAGCCAGUGAAAGCUUCAAGCGGAGUCAAAGAAAUUUUAAACUAGUUGACCAAUAUUUAUGCAUCACUUCGAUCGACUUUGAAAGACGAUGCAUCUUUGGUCUCACUGAGCUGUGUAUUUUGCCAUUACAAAGCAACCUUACACGAUUAAAACUCAACUGCAAGCAAAUUCGAAUAACAAGAAUUUGUGUUCAAGAUGUUAAAGAUUGUAAUGUUUGGUUUGAUGCUGGAUUCCAGUACAAUGAUGUAGAGGAAAAUUUUGUGCUGAAAGAGAAACCUUGAGCAUUUUGCCUCCUCUCUUCAGAAUUCUAUUUCUGCCAUUGACCCUGAGAAUGGUGGAGGUGAACUCACCAUCAAGUUA